GGAGUGGGGCGUGGGUGCUCAGCUAAAUCACUCACAAAGUUCACUCCUCAACAUAGGAGCUCCUUGCAUCGGUCCACUGACCAAACCACCUGUGCACCAUGGAAGAAGAGCCCCCUAGAGUGGAUGCAUCCCAACCUGAGACCAGCAGUGUGACGGGUAGCACCCACACGGUCCCAGAGCCCGGGCCCGAGAAUGCGGAGCUCUUCAUCCCGAGCUUCAGCCCAUCAUCCACCCCGGCCUCCCUAACCCCCACCGGCACUCUGGCCCGGUUGGGUCUGAAGAGUUCCGGCCCCACAUCUCCCUCUGCCGCCGCCCCAGGGAGUCCAGCAGACCGUGGUCAGGUGAGCGCCAUUACCGUGGUUGCUCUGCUGGACAAGCUGGUGAACAUGAUGGAGGCAGUGCAAGACAACCAGCAACGUAUGGAGCAGAAGCAGGCUGACCUGGAGAGCGCCAUUCGGGUGGUGCAGGGCGAUGUAAGUCGCCUAUCCAAGACACAUGUGGGCACCUCCAACAGCGUUUGCAAGCUGCUAGAGCGCUCACGUAAAGUCAGCGGCCACCUGAAAGAGGUGCGGGAGCGCUUGGAUAAGCAGGCGGUGCAGGUGAAGAAGCUUGAGGCCAACCACAGCCAUCUACUCAAGAGAAACCACUUCAAAGUUCUUAUCUUCCAGGAGGACAAUGAGAUACCAUCCAGUGUGCUGGUCAAGGAUUCAGUCAGGACCCCACAACCAAGCCAGUAUGACGCAGAGUCCACUCAGCCGAACAUGUCCAUUGCCAGCUCUGUCGAUGGUCUCCAGACCAUAAGCCUUUCCUCGGAUGAGGAUCUCUCAGUUGGCAGAGCGGAGGGAGAAGUACUGGAGGCUGCUGAAGGUAGCUCCCACAUGUUUGAGCGAAGGUCUGACAAGUUCAAGCGCUCUAGUUUGAAGAAGGUCGACAGCCUCAAGAAGGCCUUCUCGCGCCAGAGCAUCGAGAAGAAGAUGGCGCAGAUCACCACCAAGAUUGUGCCACCGGAGAAGCGUGAAAAGAUCAUAAAGACCCUCAGUCCGACUCACCCCAAGAGCCCUUCGGCUAAGAGCUCCACGUUCAAAGUACCGCCCAUGACGUUCAACAUCAAGAAAGUCAGAGACGGAGAUGUUCCUUCGCAAGAACUUGCCUUGGGAGAAGGGGCACACGUGGAGAUCUCGCCACUGGAAUGCUCACCUGGAGAUGCGGCCCUGGGUGAGGCAGUUGUCCAAAAGAGUCAACAAAUGCUGAGUCAGCCCAAUGGUGAAGGCAUAAAAGAGGAGCUGGCGGUCAACGGAGAUCCGCCGAGCAUCCAGUGUGAAAUAAACGGCGACCGUUCAGCCGGUCUUGCAGUCCCUGAGCAUGAUGACGACGUCGGCGAGGAUAAGGAUGAGGAGGAAGAUGAAGAAGCAGAGGCGGCCCACAAAAAUGACGAGAAGCAGUCUCUCACAGCAGCUACAGAAACAGUUGCUGUAAAUCAAAUCUCCUAAUCCUUUGUUUUCCUACAUCAACACCAGUAGGCAUAAAAUGUCCACAUGUAGUAAAUACUUUCAUUGUUAUUGUCAAAAAUACAACACACACACACACACACACACUAAUAAAAAGCAGUGAUCCGCUGAUAUUUUGGGGGGAUGACACACUGUCCUCCAAAGUAAAUUCAAAAUUGCUUUUGCUAUUAGUUUAAACUGUAAAUAUAACAAACUUAGAAUUUUCUUCACUGUACAUCUUUGAACCAACUUACUUUCCUAUUUAGACGGGGAUUAGGUGCCAUCUUGUGGCAUCUUGGGAUACUUUAGAAAGAGCUAAAAACAGCUUAUGUUAUGUCAAUUGUGCAUCGGUAACUGAGAAUAGGUAGGCAUUUAUACUGGUUUAGAACAGUGACUUGCAUUGGAGUUCAUCUGACUACAGAGAAGUAGACAGAAAUCUUGAACCCCAACAUAUAACAUAAGUCUAUAUUUCAAUUUUGACCUUAAUUAAAAAAAAAAUAAAAAAAUAAAAAAGUCUUUUUUUAAUCUUUUAGAAUCUUCAAUCAAUUGCACACUGUUUAACAAAAUGAUAGCAAGAAAAACAAAACAUAUUGUGACAUCUGGAUCUCUAAGAAGCACAACUCAACACUACCACAUGCUGGUCAUAGCACCGUACAUACCAGUUUUAGUUGAUUUUGUGGUCAAAAAGAAAGACUAAAUGUCUCACGCUUUCAUUAGAUAUGUUAGACAGUCCGUUAAAGGUCAGCAUGGGCAGUACAUCUGUGAUGAAACGUAUAUUAUUAGAGAUUUAAUGAGGAAACAUCAAGGUCUCUUGUGUGAAGCCAUGGACUAAUCACAGCCUGCCUGAACCUCUGUGAAUUUGGCCCCCAUUAGAAGGACAUUUAUAGAAAAAUGAUGUCAUUCGUUUGUCCUAGGUUUGUGCUAGUUUGUGCUGAAAAUGUUUUUGUUUCUGCUGCUAUCGUUUUUGAGAUACGAACAAUUCUCGUGAGAGUCAGGUCAACUAGGCCUCCAUUUUGAUUAAAAAAUGGCUAAAAUCGGUGUCAAUCCUUCGUGCUAUGUUCGUGCUGUAAAAAUUUUCAUUUUUGCUGUUAUCGUUUUUUGAGAUAUCGAGAUAUUGAUUUUGAGUGGUGACAUCACACAGCCCUCGAUUUAUUGCAAAAUGGACCCGAAGUGGUGCCACUGGUUUAUGCUAUGUUUGUACUGUAAAAAAAAAAAUAAAAAAAAAAUGUUUGUGCUGCUAUCGUUUUAUUGCCUGGAACUCCAGACUCACCUCUGUUCCAGCGAUAGUCUGGCGACCGUUCCGCUGAUCAAAUUUCCAGGGCGUAGCAAGCCAAAGCAAACAGAUAGCGGAGUGGACCAAUCACCGACGGGCGGACGUGACAUUGGUAAACCGACAAGAAACUCUUGCGUGAGGAAAUAAACGUACAAGGAGAGUGGAGAAUGGAGUUUAUUUAACUAUGGCUAGCACGGGACAGACUGCUGGUUUUAGCAACUUGAUGUGUUUUUGGUCAUGUAAAACUGAAUUUACCGCGGAUUGGAACAUAUUCUCGGCUCUCCCGUUCGCCAUCUGUGUUGUUGUGGAGAAGACUAUCGAAGAGCAAGAGUGGCGUUACUUGUUAAGAACACGUCACGCAAAUAAACAAAUCUGAUUUCACAUUUACUUUCAUUCUGGCUCAAGAGGCCAAUGAGGAGCGGGUUCCCAGACUGUUUAAAAAAUACAGGAGGAACAUUCUGGCCGUGCCAGGCAAAUCGUUUUCUAGAUAUUGUGAUAUUAAUUUCGAGUGAUGACGUCAAUCGCAGCACCUCCGUCGCGGCUAACGAAGCGUUCCAACUCUCAAUAUCAGAGGGGUCUCCCAACAACUAGCGCAAACGUAGCACAAACAAAUGGCACACCUACAGAUCUAUUUUGUAGUAAAUGGGGGGCUACAAGUAACGUCAUCACUCUAAAUUAAUAUUUCAUCACUCUAAAUUAAUAUUUCAAGCCCCCCAUUUAUUGCAAAAUGGACCUUAAGGGGUGCCAUUCGUUUGUUCUACGUUUGCACGAGUUGUUGGGACACCCCUCUGCAGAGGUGGGUAGUAACGCUUUACAUUUAUUUGAAUAACUUUUUGAGAAAAAUGUACUUUUAAGAGUAGUUUUACUAAGCUAUACUUUUUAGUUUUGCUUGAGUAGAUUGGUAAAGAAAAACACUCUACUUUUACUCCGCUACUUGGGCUACACAAGGAUUGUUAUUGGGUUUUUUGCCAGCGAUGGCAAGAGCAGAGACGUGCCUGGUAUAUUACCGGGGUAGCUCGACCGGUUAAUAAUCACAUGACUCCAUUAUACCAAUCAGACGCAAGCUUGCCGUUCUAUCUUCACACCAGCCUGUUCAAUCAUGUGGUGUCUUCAAAGCACCAUAAAAAUGAAGUAUUUGAUAUAGAGCGCUGCCCUCAACAUGACUAGAAAGCAGGGAUUUUAACCUCUCUCCCAGUUUUUAUUUGGCACCAAUUGACCACGGAAAACCAGAGAUAUGAUCCUUUUAAUUUCAAAAUAAUAAUUAUGAAGGAACUCUUCACUAUUCAAACUCGGAACUAUUUUCUCCACCAGAGGGCACUCAUGCUCUUUGGACGAAUAAUGCUUCAAUUAUGUAAUUUUAUUUCUCUCGUCAGAUUUCAAUAGGUUUUUUUUUUAUUUCUUUGGCUUAAUGUAAUGGAUUAUUGCACAGUAUCACAAUGUUAGUGAUUUCUUGGGUAUUCUUUUCACCAAAUACUUGUACUUGUUCUUGAGUACAUUUUUUAAUGACUUUUUUUACUUUUACUUGAGUAGUAUUAUUUUGAAGUAACACUACUCUUAAACUCUGGCUACUCUACCCAUCUCUGCCCCUGUUAUUUUGAGAGUUGGUGCUGCAAUUGACGUCUUAACCCAAAUUAAUAUCUCAAUAUCUAUUAAACAAUAGCAGCACAAACAAAAUAUUUUUUCCGCACAAACGAUCACAAACCUAGCACCAAAAAAAUGACGAUUUUUCUAUAAAUUUGCAUCUGAUGGGGUGGCCACCUUCACGCAGGUCCUGCAUGAACGGAUGGGUGUUUGGUCUCAUGAAGCAACAUAGGAACAAUGACUCAACGUGACUACUGUAGCUGAGCUUCUUAUGCAUUUGAACCAGAAAUAGGAAAACACAGCUAUUUUGUGUGAUAAAAAUCAUUGAAAUUAUUGGGUUGAAAGAAAGAAGAAAAAUAAAUGUAAAAGCACGGACCAUGGGACUGCAAUGAAACAAUGCAAUGUAAUCAUAAAUCGUAUUAUUUUUUUACUAUUCACAUUCAGUGGAAAGAAAGACCCCAUGCAUUUAGAAGUCGAAAUAGAAGGUAUGAUAACCAGGCAGUUUGUCUAGUAACUAGAAUUCGGUUGCAAUAUUUUCUAUUGCGGUGAAUCAAGCACCUGGAGUUUUGCAAGUUUCAGUCCACUUACGAAUCGGCUAAAUUUUACACCACGUUCACUGAGUCCGUGGAUUGACAGUUGACCACGCAUGACAACAAAGUGAGAUCAGUACAAAAUUUAAUCCGAUAAUUGGACCUUUGUUGAUUUGGAUUGGAAUCUAGUUUAGAAUGUUUGUUGAAGGUUAUUGUUCAACUGUAGUAGGGCAUGAAACUCCUUGAAAAUAGUGCCAUCAACUGGAGCUCCAAACUUGCACAUCUCCUAGGCACCGCUCCAAGUAUCUCCCCUCUUGCUGGGCAUGUCUGGCGUGCAACUGAAAAACAGCUUCUUUGUUCUGGCCUGUUUUUUUUUUCAAUCUGAAAACGAGUAAAUCUUUGGCAACAAAACUAGUUGGGUAGUGAGUUACCAGGGUUUGCGAGAGCAGGAAUGGGAAUCCAGUGGUAGCUUUCCGAUUAUGCUGUUUUAUAGGGAAGAUGUAUUCACUCUUACACCACUGGGCCCGAGCUCAAAUUACCCAGGUGUGAGUGCAGUAGCUUCAUGCCAUUUAAGGCAGGGGACGGCAACCUUUACCACUCAAUGAGCCAAUUCGACAGCUUCCUCAAAAUAGACUCUGGGAGCCACACAUACUUAUUGACAUUUGAAUAAAAUGUGUCAGCUCUAAUACAUAGCCUACAUGAAUGUGUAUAUUUUGGAUAGAUACAGUGUGUACAUUCUUUGGUGUAUAUUUGAUUUGACAAAGGAGUUUUGCCUCCGCUUAGUUGGCAGAAUAAGUGGUCACUUUCUACCAGUGGUGGUUAAAGUAAAAGUACUUCGUUGCUGUACUUAGUAGAGCUGGGAAUCUUUGGGCACCUAACGAUUCGAUUACGAUUACGAUUCAGAGGCUCCGAUUCGAUUAUAAAACGAUUAUUGAUGCACCCCACUCCUUUUUUUUUUUUGUUUAAUUUGUUUUGUACAUUAGUUCCAAAAUUGUUCAAAAAUCCUCUCAGGCUAAACCAAACUACUAUUUCAGUAUCAAGUUAACAUAUAGCAGUAAAGAAAUAUACAAAAAUAACAGUAAAUAAAAAACUCCAGUCCCCAUUCUAUAUCAGCAGCUUUAAACUACUUUCAAUUAAUUUAAUGUUGUGAAUCAACCGUUAAAGUUGUUAAAAUUGCUCCUGUUAUUCCAUAAUUUCUCUUUUGUCUACUUUCAACAUGUAAAAGUUUUAAAACUAUUUUAAAGAUAGAUUCAAGUCAAUAUUUUACCGAUUUAGGAGUAUUUUAGAUAAAAAGUUAAUUAGGUUCGCUUGGAAGGUUCGCAACAACAGCCUUGCAGGGAAGUAUACUGCUUUAAGAUGGCGGCCGUUACUAACGCCCGCAUCUAGUUUUUUGUAGAUGUGCUGGUAACGAUACCAGGCUAUAAUGCAUCUAGUCCUAUAUAAAUGAUAUCUAGCGUAACAUAAUGUGGCUAGUAGCAGCUUUUCGGCAGCAGUCAGGUAUGUUGUUGUUUUUUUUUUAUCUCGUGGCAUGAGUUGAGCUAGAGCCGUGAGUUGAGCAUUGGCGUUACCCGAGGGGCCGGGUAAUGAGAAGCAUGAUGUUUAGCUACUCUCGCUCCGUCCCUAAUUGCUUACCGAAGACCGCGCGGCGCGCUGAGUGUGUCGUACUUCUGCUUUACUUGGCAUAUUUCAAUAAUCGGAAUAUGGAUGUUUGUGAAUCGUUCUCGAAUCUUCCACGGCCGAAUCGCGAAUAAUCUAAGAAUCGGAAAUUUUGCACACCUCUAGUACUUAGUGAGCCUUGAGGAGCCAUAUCGUAAUUGAGCACUAGAGGCAGCAACACGAGUACGAGCAAGAUUAGGCAGGUGAACAAGAUAUUGACCAAUAAAAACCAACAGUGUAGCUGCGCACCAUCAGAACGGUGUUGCACACUCUUGUACAGUAGGUGGUGGUAUGCACCUGAUACUUGCCUACAAUCUGCCAUUAUGCUAAGUUUUGGACUUUCAGAACGAUCAUGAUUCACGAACUAUGUAGUGAAGAGAUCGACUGAUAUGAGUUUUCAGGACUGAUACCGAUACAGAGAAUUAGUAGUUACAUGGGCCGAUAACUGAUUUUUUGGAGCCGAUAUUCAUUUGCAGUAAAAGUGUAAAAAAUGGCGUAAAAAAAAUUGAAUAAUGCAAAAUUUCUGCAUUUACCUUUGGUAUGUGUUAUCUGUCCGGACCUUCUCACACAAGAAAACUUUUCCUCUCACUCUACAGUAUGUGUGCGGUCAGCUUGUUCGGAGGCUCUGCCUUUACUGUUUGGGGGGUGGCGUGGUUCAGUGGUAGAGUAGUCAUUCCCCAACCCAGGGUUGUUGGUUUGAUUCUCUGCCCCGAUGACCUUGCCUAAGUAUUCUCGGGCAAGAUACUAAACCCCACUUUGUUCCUGGUACUGCGUGAGUCGGUAGAAGAUAUUGCAUGAAGUAUUUUGAGGGCCUUAAAAAGGUGAAAGGAGCAAUACAAGUUGAAAGAAUCUGACCUUUUAGCCAGAUUUCCGGAAUCACGCCAGCCGACCCGCUGGAACCGCGCUAGCGCAAUACCAAAGAAUCAGAGGAUGGGGUGAAUACUAGCGCAGGAGAGAGAGGCGCGGCCAAUACCGAUAUACAGUGAUCCCUAGCUACUUUGCGCUUCAAACUUCUCGCCCUCAGUCCAUCGCAGAUUUUUUUUCAAUUAAAAAAAAAAAAUACAGAUGAGCUGUCCCGAGCCUAUCGCCUAGUCUCACUCUCCCUCACCCCCUCUCCCUGCUCUUUGUUGGUCAUGCAGUGAGUGCAUUGGAGUUGCUUAUUAAGAAAAAAACAACAAUUGACAGGUGUUCAAUGUUUGAAGUUCGCUUCUCUGGCAAGAUCAAAGCGGCACAUGCAUCAAUCAUCGUUUAACAAUCAACUUUAACAAUUGCUGUGGCAACUCAUUGUGUGUAAGUGCUGCUCACUUACUUGAGGAGACUCACUCAAUGAAGCAUUUAAUAAAGCCAGGCAUUUUUCUGCUUCAUACUUGUUUAAAAAUAAUCCGGUGGGACAGUAAUAUGUUUAAAACUUAUCAUAAUUAUUACAUUUGAAGUGCUUAAAAACUAUUUAUCAAAAAAUAUAUACACAUAAAAGGUUUAUUUUAAUUAUACUUCGGGAAAAAAAUUAACUUGUCUUAUAUAGAUCACUUUCCAAUGCUAAGUCUGAAUAAAUACUUUCUUUUUACAUUUUUAUGUGUAUGGGGGCGGGGGGCUACUUCGCGUUUUGUCACUUAUCACAGUGAUUUCUGGACCCCAUUAACCAUGAAAUACAAGAGAUCACUGCAAGUCAAAUUUUAAGAUAUCGGUGCGACCAAUCGGUCUUUCUCUAAUAUAGAGUCACGGUUGCCACUCGCAAGGUGUAACCACAAGUCCUUGCGCCUGUGAAUGGCUAUUGCUGGCUAUUUGUAUCAUUUUCUGCCCAACAGAUUUUAAUGACGUCUUAUUUUGCACAUGGAUUGCGAUAUAGGAGGACUAUGUAAUUUUUUAAUACAUUAAUAGUAUGUGUAUUGUUUAUCUACAUAUCUAUAGCUGUAAUCUGUACUCCUCAGAUGAAAACCAACAAAUCAUGCUAGUCGUCAUACUACCUUCACAAGCGUCAAGCACGGCUAUUCUACCAAUAGCAACAGAGCUGUGUCAUCACCCCUAGCAUGCAUUGUGUGCAUAAAAAAUGGGACCUUCCGUGAGUCAAAAAAUAUGUACUAAAUAUUAUAGAUUUGAAGAUCAAUGGCAAUAUUUAAGUGCUUUUAAUAACGCAUCCAAGUACAACAGAACAAUUGUGGCUUAUUAGGGCUUACAAGUCUUUAUUCCUGGUAGUUCCUUUUAAAUUUUGCAAGCACCAGAGUAAAAUUUAAUCCAAUAUUGAUUUAUUUAAUUAAAAAAAAAAGGGGGGGGGUUGCCGACACCUGAUCUUGGGUAACAAGGACUUACUUCCACUUCAUUAAACAUAAGAGAAAAAAAAGAAUAUCGUAAAGACAAAGUGUAGUAUAUACUGUAUGUCUGAGUGAUUAUUUGCUUCUUGGUGGAUUCAAAUGCUUCCAAUGACAUGGAACAGCAUACUCCUGCAGCUCCUGCAACAUGCACAAGCUGGUAUGAGUAAUUACACUCCUACAGGAAUGGAUUCCUGUGAUUUUGGCAGAUAAGAACAAUAGUGAAACAUGCCUUUCCCCUUUUUCUUCUGUGUGGUCCUUUGCUGAAAUGUGUUACAUUGCAAACAUGUUGUAUAGAAUUAGUGAGUUUUUACAUAUAGUCACUGCUCUUUUGUUCUUACUCCAAUGUCGGUAUGGGGACAUAUUAAAAGUGUGCUUAGUAUACAAAUACUUGUGAAAUGACACCACAAAAGCAAAUAUUUUGUCAGCUGCCUAUCUCUGAAAAUAUGCCUUUGUAAAAAAAAAAAUUUUUUUUAAUCGAUAUUUGCUUGAGCCAGACCACACCGUCGGAGUGUGAAAGUGGACUAAGCUGUAAUUAUCUUAUUAAUCUUUAAUGUAUUUUAACAGAAAAAUGUUCGUUUCAUUUGACAACUGGGAACUGUUUCAAUUGCACGAUAUGUCUCUAAAACCUGUUUUUCCAUGUUUGCUCAUCUGAUAACAUAAGGGAUGAAAUUAAUGUAGAUGUGAAUCAACAUUGUGUGUUAUCCCUUUUCUUAUGAAUGCAAUUGCUAGUUAAGUCAGAUUUGUAUUUUUUCUUUUUAAUUAUUAAACUAAGAUUGAACACUUUGCUCUGUACAGUUGAUGCGGUCCAGUGGCUUGACUCCUAAGUGAAUUAAUGUGAGCUCUUCUUCUUAUUCUUAGAAAUGUUUAACUUUGUUGUCGAAUUUUCAUUUAUACUGGUCUGGAAAUAAAUCUUCCUUAUCUGUUUUCUUGUCUUAUUCAGUUAGAUAAUUCUAUAGUGCACACGUAUGCGCACAUCAGUUAAAAGCAGCGUGUACUUACUGUUU